CCUACCUCGCAAGGAAGAUAACCACAACAUUUCAGACUACUCCAGCUACGUAGCAUCGCUCGCAAUAUACAGACAAAUCACCUUAACGUCAAACUCCACUCUCCCACCAUCUACAUUGCCCCUUCUCUCUCUCUCUCUCUCUGUGUCUCCAUCCCCGAACUCCCAUUUUUUCAAAUCAGAACCCUAACAAUCUCUCGCUCGUUCGCUUGCUCUCUUUCUAGAACGUUAUAGCUGUAGAUCUCACUAUCGAAACAGUGACCGAUCCUCACUCUGCUAAGCAGCUCGAAGCUCCGAUCGUCACCAUGGCUAGUGAGAACCCGUUCAAGAGCAUAUUGAAGACGCUCGAGAAACCAGACGGUGGUGAAUUCGGCAAGUACUACAGCUUGCCAGCUCUCAACGAUCCUAGAAUCGAUAAGCUUCCUUACUCUAUUAAGAUACUUCUUGAAUCGGCGAUCCGUAACUGUGAUGAGUUUCAGGUUAAGAGUAAGGAUGUUGAGAAGAUCAUUGAUUGGGAGAACACCUCUCCCAAACAGGUGGAAAUUCCAUUCAAGCCUGCCAGAGUGCUUCUGCAGGAUUUCACUGGGGUACCUGCUGUUGUUGAUCUUGCUUGUAUGCGAGAUGCUAUGAACAAGCUUGGUGGAGAUUCUAAUAAAAUUAACCCUUUGGUUCCUGUUGAUCUUGUCAUUGAUCACUCAGUUCAGGUUGAUGUGGCAAGAUCAGAAAAUGCAGUGCAGGCAAAUAUGGAAUUUGAAUUCCGGCGCAACAAAGAAAGGUUUGGUUUUCUCAAAUGGGGAUCAAAUGCAUUCCAUAAUAUGCUCGUAGUUCCUCCUGGAUCAGGGAUAGUUCAUCAGGUCAAUCUAGAAUACCUUGGCAGAGUUGUCUUCAACACAAAUGGCAUGCUUUACCCUGAUAGUGUUGUUGGAACAGAUUCACAUACGACUAUGAUAGAUGGAUUGGGUGUUGCUGGAUGGGGAGUUGGUGGGAUAGAAGCAGAAGCUGCAAUGCUUGGCCAGCCCAUGAGCAUGGUUCUGCCUGGUGUGGUGGGGUUUAAAUUAUUAGGAAAACUGAGAGAUGGUGUGACAGCUACUGACCUGGUUUUGACAGCAACUCAAAUGCUAAGGAAGCAUGGAGUAGUUGGCAAGUUUGUGGAAUUCUAUGGGGAAGGCAUGAGUGAAUUGUCAUUAGCAGACCGUGCCACUAUUGCCAACAUGUCUCCUGAGUAUGGUGCAACCAUGGGCUUCUUUCCUGUUGAUCAUGUCACUCUGCAAUAUCUGAAGCUAACUGGCAGAACUGAUGACACUAUUGCUAUGAUAGAGUCCUAUUUACGAGCUAAUAAGAUGUUUGUGGACUACACUGAGCCCCAAGUCGAGAGAGCUUACUCCUCUUAUUUAGAGCUUCAGCUUGAAGAUGUCGAACCUUGUGUAUCUGGUCCAAAGAGGCCACAUGAUCGAGUUCCUCUGAAAGAGAUGAAAGUGGAUUGGCAUGCAUGCCUGGAUAAUAAAGUUGGUUUUAAGGGUUUUGCUGUACCAAAGGAAUCUCAGAAUAAGGUUGCAGAGUUCACAUUUCACGGGACCCCAGUGCAGCUUAGGCAUGGGGAUGUUGUUAUAGCUGCAAUCACUAGUUGCACAAAUACCUCAAAUCCUAGUGUAAUGCUUGGAGCUGCACUGGUUGCGAAGAAAGCCUGUGAACUUGGAUUGGAGGUGAAGCCAUGGAUUAAGACCAGUCUUGCUCCGGGUUCUGGUGUUGUAACCAAAUACUUGCAAACGAGUGGCUUGCAGAAGUACUUGAAUCACCUAGGGUUUAAUAUAGUUGGGUAUGGUUGCACAACCUGCAUUGGGAAUUCAGGAGAUCUUGAUGAGGCUGUGGCAUCAGCAAUUACAGAAAAUGAUAUUGUGGCUGCAGCUGUAUUGUCUGGAAAUAGGAAUUUUGAGGGCCGUGUGCAUCCCUUAACAAGGGCCAAUUAUCUUGCUUCUCCUCCGCUUGUGGUUGCCUAUGCUCUUGCUGGGACGGUAGAUAUCGACUUUGAAACAGAACCAAUUGGGUUGGGGAAAGAUGGAAAGAAGAUAUUUUUCAGGGACAUUUGGCCAUCAAAUGAAGAAGUAGCAAAUGUUGUGCAGUCAAGUGUGCUGCCUGAUAUGUUUAGGGCUACGUAUGAAGCAAUCACCAAGGGAAAUCCGAUGUGGAAUCAAUUAUCUGUACCUUCUGGCACUCUCUAUGCCUGGGACCCAACAUCAACUUACAUACAUGAUCCCCCCUAUUUUAAAGAUAUGAGCAUGUCUCCUCCAGGCCUUCAUGGAGUGAAGAAUGCUUACUGCUUGCUGAACUUUGGUGAUAGCAUUACAACUGAUCACAUCUCUCCAGCUGGUAGCAUCCACAAAGACAGUCCUGCAGCCAGAUACCUUCUGGAACGUGGGGUUGAGAGGAGAGACUUCAACUCUUAUGGAAGUCGGCGUGGUAAUGAUGAGGUUAUGGCAAGGGGCACUUUUGCCAAUAUUCGCAUUGUCAACAAACUAUUGCAAGGAGAAGUUGGACCAAAAACCAUUCAUAUUCCCACUGGCGAGAAACUAUCUGUGUUUGAUGCUGCCAUGAAAUACAAGAGUGAGGGGCAUGAUACAAUUAUUUUGGCUGGUGCUGAGUAUGGGAGUGGAAGUUCUCGCGAUUGGGCUGCCAAGGGGCCAAUGCUACUGGGUGUGAAAGCAGUCAUAGCAAAGAGCUUUGAGCGUAUUCAUCGCAGUAAUUUGGUGGGCAUGGGUAUCAUUCCACUAUGUUUUAAGGCCGGGGAGGAUGCCGAGACUCUCGGGUUGACUGGCCAUGAACUAUACAACAUCGAGCUUCCAAGCAGUGUGAAUGAAAUUAGACCCGGUCAAGAUAUCACAGUGGUGACAAACAAGGGCAAAACAUUCACAUGUACACUUAGAUUUGACACAGAGGUGGAACUGGCUUAUUUCGAUCACGGAGGCAUUUUACAAUACGUCAUCCGGAACUUGAUCAAUGCAAAACAUUGAAGCAGGCAAGCAGCCAAGUAAAUUAGCAAGGCAGCUUGUCUAUUUCCAAUUGUUUUGCUGUCGAAAUAAUCCACGUGAGUUGGGAAACACAGAACAUUGUUUCAGUUUUGGAGCACAACCCAGCUAUCUUAUGAAUAAACGGAUGGAACUGGUGGAUAUAGUGGAAAUAUCCAAGUGCUUGACAUGAUUGUGUCAUUUCCGAUACAAAACUCUCUUAAGUAGUACUAAGCCAGUGUUCCGUCUUCAUCAUCUUCCAUUUAUUUACAGUUGGAUUGCACGUAGAAAGACUCGUAAUACCACUUUAUUUAGUUUGAUGGA